CAUUAUUUCAUGAAACUGUGGAGAGAUAAUUGAUUCUCUCGGAUCCAUGGUUUUGUACCGAGUGUUUUUGCUCACAUCGUGUAUUCGACAGUUAGGGACGAGUUGUAAUGCGAAGAAGAAUCCCUUGUGUAUAUUGCUUUAUCUUGCGGUGACAUCUAUAACAUAAGCUAUCCUUUUCGAUUGAAAGGCAACCCGAAAGGCGGCGGCCGCUCUAAGUAUGAGCUAGCUUGCGAAGAUAAUCGCACCGUUCUGUAUUUGUAUCCGGCCGAUAUUAUGUAAAGUUGAUCAAUUACAAUUUCGAUUCCGCAAUGGGCCUUUACGGUAGCAUCAAGGUGGUUAGCGAUGGACUGCAAAAGGGUAAUUGCUCGUUCCUCCCUCGUUACCCAUCAGCACGCUCCAACUUAAGAGGCUCCUCCCCUCCAUAGUAUCCUCCUUAUGAACCCUCGGCAGUCGUUGUGAAGUGCUCACAACCCGUUACUUCAGCUUCAUAUAUCGAUACAAAACCAUGUAUCGAUGGAGCAUACUCUGCCGACCCGCCACCUAAUUUUUCCCAAAUGAAGGAGUACUCGUAUACUGUACAACAUGGGUCCGGUCUAACGGUAGGGGAUAUCAAGGAUACUUGCACCAUAACCAUGAUGGUGUGGGCAUCGGACUUCCAGAGGUGGGAAGGGAAUCAAAAUAAUGUGAGCACACCAUACAAGGGUCUCCACAAUAUGAGGGCCGAGGGAUUCAAUCUCUCCUACGGGGAAGAUACGUUUCCAUUCUCGGCAUACUUUUCGUUUUGCUUCUUGGGUUUCAGAUAUGGGGGGAAGGGGUGCCACUACUACAACGGUUAUAGACUUGUAGUGGGUAUCACUACAUAUGUCGCAUUAAAAACAAUUGCAAAUAUCCUCUUUAUUUUUGCUCACCUCAUCGCCGCAAAAUUCAUAGUUGGAGCUCCAUUUGUUGAUGUUUCUAAUCUGUAAGUGGAGGAGAAGGCACCGAGCAAUGGAUGCCAGCGUCGAAGAAUUUCUUCAAGCUCAUAACAACUUUCUAUCUAUAAGGUACUCCUACUCAGACAUCAGGAUAAUCACAAAAAAAAUCAAACACAAAUUAGAGAAAGGGGGAUAUGGUUCUGUGUACAGAGGAACACUUAGAAGUGUCAACGAAAUUGCGGCUAAGAUUUUGAACAAACCAAAAUCAAAUGGCUAAGACUUUAUAAGUGAAGUGCCCACCAUUGGAAGCAUCCACCACGUCAAUGUCGUGCAACUUGUUGGCAAUUGUUUUGAUGAUUCCAAACAAGGUCUUGUCCAUGAUUUCAUGCCAAAUGGAUAUUUGUAUAAGCACAUUUUCUCUAGAGAUGAUGGUAGAUUUCUUGAUCAUAAGAAAAUAUACGAGAUCUCUCUUGGUGUGGCCGAGGGAAUAGAAUAUUUAUAUCGGGGAUGUGAGAUGUAAAUUCUACAUUUUGACAUCAAGCCUCACAAUAUUCUUUUGGAUCAAAAUUUCACUC